UUUGCUGAGUAGCCCGGCCAAUAUAAUGGUACUGAAAUGACAAAUACCUCGGUGGAUGUGGCAUCCGUUAGUCUCGCGUGACCAUGGAUCUGCGCCUGGAAAGUCAUGAUUAUGCCUGCAGAACUGCGGUGAGAGAUUGAUUGGAAGAAAAUCCUACAAGUGGAAGCAAACCAAGACUGACGAGAAGGGAAUAGCAACAGGUGAACCAGCCUGAGGACUGAGGUCUUCAACUGGUGAGCCCUUCUGGUUCAAAGUUUCUAAUCUUUCAGUCAGUAGAAAGUUUGAGCGCCACCAGCAGGUGGAGCUUUCCUGCUCCGGGACCAAAGUAUCAACAAGAAGAUUCAGAAUGGCUACAGGAUAUUACCAGCAGGUGGAGCUUUCCUGCACCGCGACCGAAUUAUCAACAGGAGGAUUCAGAAUGGAAACAGGUGGGAAAUUAAAUCGGGUACGGAGAGAUCUCAAGAGAUAUUUUCCAGUCCAAUCAUCGAGGGAAGAUGAUCGGGACGAGGGAAACCAGACAACAAAGCAGGGUCGGAUUGAAAGCAAUGUCCCAAUGGAAAACGGUUCAGCCACAGUGGAGGGGGAGCAAAGUCAGUCUACAGACAGUGACGUCAGUGACACAGCCCCGCACGCUGGAACCGGCACAGAUCCAGUGUCUACGAUCUCUGACACCCUGACACAGCGGGAUGAAUAUCGACUUGAUGAAUACCAACAGUCCUACAGGGACAGACUGAAACAAGCGAUUGAAGAUGGGAUUGAACCACUCAGCUGGAUGUUGACAAAGGAGGGAUAUUUCAAUGCACAAGAACAUGCGGAAGUCACUGAACUGGCAGAGAAGGGUAACCGGGCAGAGAGUUCCACACGCUUCGUAAAUUUGGUGAUGGGGAAAGGCUUGCGAACCCGGAGGGCGAUAUGGGAAUCCUUUGCGAAAAUGAGGACUGAGUUACCGAUGUUGGACAAAAUACUGAAAGAAAUACAGGAGCUGGGCCCGGAUCCACAAGUACACAUAAAUAUUAGCGAAGACCUACCCACUCAACUGAAAGAUGUUCAACAGAAACACAAGGAGACUCUGCGGACAGAAACUGAAACACUGAGAGUGAACACGAUCCUGAUGACGGAGAAGGAGAAGGUUUUCCAGCUGGUUGAUCGAUACGCUGAACUCACGGUCAUUUCUACUGUUAGAGAUCGGAGACUGGUGGAACAUGAGCUGACGGCAAGAGGCAGAGACCACGAGGAGAGGAGAGAGAAACAUCUCAGCGAAGAGCUGGAAAAAAUCCGGACUGAUCAGUUGUUCCAGAGCAGCUUUUCCCAGAGUGAAAUCAAUUCAGGGAGUUCGGUAGCAGUGGUUGGAGAUCCGGGAAUUGGGAAAACGACAAUGGUACAAAAGAUUGUUUAUGACUGGGCCACAGGGAAAAUAUACCAACAAUUCCAGUUUGUCUUCCGUUUCAGAUUCAAGGAUUUAAACUCAAUUAACUGUAGAACGAACCUGAGAAAACUGAUUCUGGACCAGUAUCCUUACUUUGGGAAUUUGCUGAGAGAGGUCUGGAAAAACCCAAAGGGAUUGUUGUUUAUAUUUGAUGGUUUGGAUGAAUUCAAACAAAGAAUCGAUUUUACUGACAGUCGGAGAGACACAGAACCUCAAUACCACUGCCCGGAUCCUGAGUCCUGGUGUGAAUUGUCCGACAUUGUGUACAGUUUAAUCCAGCACAAACUGCUCCCAGGGUGUUCAGUGCUGGUGACAACCCGUCCCUCUGCGUUACAUUUAUUGGAAAAGGCAGAAAUCAGUGUCUGGGCUGAAAUCCUGGGAUUUGUUGGUGAAGAACGUAAGCAAUAUUUCAUCAAAUAUUUUGAAGAUCGGGCGGUGGCGGUCGCUGUUUUCAAACACGUGAAGGAGAACGAGAUCCUGUACACCAUGAGCCACAACCCCUCAUUCUGCUGCAUUCUUGCUCUGGCACUGGGCCCCUUCUUCACCCAAAGAGUCAGGGACCCUCAGCGACUUCCCAGGACCAUCACCCAAUUGUAUUCCUGCUAUAUUGACAACAUCUUAAAAAUUCACGGCAGUGAGAUUGAAUACGCUCGUGAUGUGUUGUUCGGAGUUGGUCAGAUGGCAUUCGAAGGAGUGCCUCAGAGGAACAUUGUGUUUACAGAUGAAGAUUUGAUUAAAUACAAUUUCCAUCCUUCCCAGUUCCUGUCUGGGUUCCUGACGGAGUUUUUCGAGAGGGAGGAUUCCGACCGCUGUGUGCUGUACAAAUUCCUACACCCCACCAUCCAAGAGUUUGUAGCUGCGCUCGCACAAUACCUGACUCUAGAUCCCGAAGAUAUCUCGAAAUUUCUCACUGUAGCCCACAACACGACAGACGGGCGAUUCGCGGUAUUUCUCCGUUUUGUUGCUGGUCUCUCAUCCCGAAAGACAGCUCUGGUCCUGGAAGAGUUUCUGGGUCCACUUGCUCAACAAACAACCUGCCAGGUGAUUGACUGGGUGAAGAAGGAAGUUAAACACCAGAGUAAAAGCAGAUGGAGUGAAGCCGGUAGAAGCCUCCUGAACACAAUGUACUACCUAUUUGAGUCUGAGGAUCGAGGACUGGCUCAGGCCGUACUGGAAUCUGUGGAAACACUUUCAUUCAGUGCAACAACACUGACCCUGACUGACUGCGCGGUUCUCUCCCAUGUCAUCGGACUGUGUGAUACAAUCAAACUCCUGGAUCUCUCUGGUUGCCACAUUCAGCGUGAAGGAUUCCAACGGCUGGGACACGAGCUGCAUAAGUGCCAGGAGUUGAGGCUGAAUAAAGUCAGUCUCACAGAUUCUGGUGUCGAGGAUCUCGACUCCACUCUCAGUACAAAUCGAUCACUGAUGGACCGGGACCUGAAGGAGAAUAGACUGGGAGAUUCAGUAGUGAAACUGGUGUCUGCGGCUCUGAGGAACCCGGAGUGUAAAAUACAGAGACUGGAGCUGGGGAGAGUCGGUCUCACAGAUUCUGGUGCCGAGGAUCUCCUCUCCGCUCUCAGUACAAACAGAUCAUUGAUGGAGCUGUACCUGGGAUUAAACUCGCUCACAGACCAAUCAGUCCCCACUGUCCGCCGCCUCAUACAGACACUCCCGAGUCUGGAGUGGAUCCGACUGGUAGGGAAUCGAUUCUAUUUGAAAAGGAGGGAGCAACUGAGAUCUCUGAAGGAAAUCAGACCCCGACUGACUGUGAUCACGUGAACAUCUGAGUGUGUGAACAUCCCCGUCUGGGGACAUUUUGGCCUACUCAACGGCAUUCCCUUUAACCACCACCCUCCCCUUUAAUGCCUGCGCUCCAGGUUGACUUCCCACCGGUGUUAACCAUAUACCCAUAUGUCCAUAUAACAAUUACAGCACGGAAACAGGCCAUCUCGGCCCUUCUGCUCCGUGCCGAACGCUUACUCUCACCUAGUCCCACUGACCCGCACUCAGCCCAUAACCCUCCAUUCCUUUCCUGUCCAUAUACCUAUCCAAUUUUACUUUAAAUGACAAUAUCCAACCUGGCUCUACCACUUCUAUUAGAAGCUCGUUCCACACAACUAAGUGAAGAAGUUCCGCCUCGUGUUACCCCUAAACUUUUGCCCCCUAACUCUCAAAUCAUGUCCUCUUGUUUGAAUCUCCCCUACUCUCAAUGGAAAAAAGCCUAUCCACGUCAACUCCAUCUAUAAACUCCAUCUCAUAAUUUUAAAUACCUCUAUCAAGAGCCCCCACAACCUUCUAUGCUCCAAAGAAUAAAGACCUAACUUGUUCAAUCUUUCUCUGUAACUUAGGUGCUGAAAUCCAGGUUACAUUCUAGAAAAUUUUCUCUGUACUCUCUCUAUUUCGUUGACAUUUUUCCUAUAAUUCGGUGACCAGAACUGUGCACAAUACUCCACAAUAAAUUAGUGUUAACUAAUCUUGUCUUUAGCUAAGCCUUGUAUUACGUCCAGGCGUUUCUGAAGUCAUGUAAUUCCGCCUCGCGUCCGCAGCGCUUCCUUCGCCGGGUGUCCGGGUCCGAGUGCUUCGCCAAGUGACGCCCUGUGGAAUUACACAGUCUGGAAAAAAUCUGUGUGUGGGGCUCAUUCUAGGACACCAGUAUUCCGGGGUGGGAUUAUCCAUGGAUAAUUUUGCUCCCUUUGCUAAGGACGGUACAUUCUUUGUUGUGUGGAGAUAUAAUGAUGUUAAAUUUACAAAUACCUUGGCAGUGACCCUGGAUCUGCAGCGAUCUGGAACACUGCUGUGAAGUGUAACUUUAUAAUCAUCGGUCCCUGAUGGAGUGAAGGGAUAGGUAAAUAGCGGGAUAGAUUAAAAGAGAUUAAAGGGCUGUGAUUAGUUAAUGAUCAAUCACUUUAUGUUAGUUGCUGGACAGCCAAAAGGGAACCUUACCCAGCAACAAGUGACGUACCAGACUUUGUUCCCUAAUGGUGUUAGACAUAGGUCCAAAUAAGGAAUUAUCUGGUCACACAAAGCAUUUUGAGGUGUGACAUGACUAAAUAUGGGUACGAAUGCGUACAGGGUAGAUCUUUCGAGAGAAGGGGAAGGUGUCAGCAUGAGGUACUAAUGUUGUCUCCAGGCUAGCUUUGAUAGAAAUAAUUAUAACUAACCAAUGAUGAUUUUACAUCUAAUUGUAUCUUAGCUUGUGAUCGAAACUGUUCUAAAACUGUAUUAACUCGCGUAAUUAUAUUUCCUGUGAUGAUCAAUGUUAUAAAUUGUGGAGAAUUGUGAUUUGGGGG